CCGACGAGCCUGAAGGAAGAAUCAGUGCAGCUGAGUCUGGCCGUCAGUCCAGACGUUUGGAAGAAAGUCGCUCACAAGUUUUACCCAUGAGAAAUCGGCUGACGGAUUAGCUCGUUUGUGCCUCUUUUAUUUUUUAUCGUAUUUUUUCCACACCGUGGCGUGUUUCAGUCAAGAUACUUGAGUCUGAAGAAGUCUCACAGAAUUUCUGACAUGAACACCGGGCCGGCUGUCGGGAAGUUCUGCGUGCUGCUGGCGACGCUCCUCCUUCUGGUGAGCUCUCAGUGCCGAGCGGCCGAGCAGCCCCCCUCAGCCCAGUGGUCCGCCCCGUCAGAUGAAGACUUCAAGAACCUGACCGUCCUGCGCCGGCACAGGACCUGUGUGGAGAACCAGCAGUACCACUCCCAAGGCCUCUGCUGCCUCAACUGCCAGGCCGGGACAUUUGUGCAGAAGGGUUGUGAGCAUGAUUACCAGCAGGGGGUGUGCUUACCUUGCGAGCACGGACUCACGUACACUGAACACUCCAACGGCAUGUACAGAUGUCUGCCCUGCACGCACUGUCGUCAAGACGAGAUGCAGACAGCGUCUUGCACCACCACGUCGAACACCAAGUGUCAGUGCCGUGCCGGAUCCUUCUGCGUGCCAGAUCAGGCCUGUGAGGUCUGCAAACGCUGCGCCAAGUGCAAAGCGGGCGAGGAGGAAGUGAAGAAGUGCACGCACUUUUCCAACACCGUCUGCCGAAAGCGAGACACAUUUCCUACCCAAACGCCGCUGGAUCGAACCUCGCCCACCCCCACCUCGCCAGCAAACAUCGUGGUUCCCGUGCUGAGCUGCCUCUCCAUCCUCGCCGUGGUGUUUGCCGGAUUGGCCGCAUGGUGGUUCUUAGCCAAGCGCUGCUCCUUUGAGGGAACGAGUGAGUGCGCCAAGAGUCACUGUGACGCCAGCGAAAUCAUCAAGAUUCCUAUCGACGAGAGCGCCCCCACAGCAGAGGAGUGCCAGAACAGUCGCAAUGCCGGCCUGGAGGGCGACCACUCCCGUCCGGAGUCCCGUCCGCUUCUGCAGGAGACUCAGGCGGGAAUGACCAACAACAAGGCCUCGCCGUCCCCGGAGGACGAGGACCGCGGGCUGGGCGACAGCUUGCCCAACACCACCAGCUCUUCACAGACCAGCCUGUCGGCGCUGCCCACCGCCGCCUCAUCCGGAGACAGCCCCCAGCAGAGCCCCGCCUCCUGCAGGAUAAGCCCCGCCGCCAUUGAGGAUCCUCUACAGCACCGCCUGCUGCCACUGCAAGAGUCCGAGAAAUCCCUGAAGAAGAGCUUUGACCUGUUUGACAAGUACCUGGACGUUCGGAUCCACAACAAGUUCUUCCGCAUGAUCGGCGUGAGCGACAACCACAUCCGCCUGGCGGAGAACGGCUCGGCCGGUGACAAAGUCUACGAGCUGUUGAAGAACUGGAUGCAGCGGCAGGGCCUGAAGGCUGACAUCAACCACCUGCUUCAGGCCCUGCUGGACCUGGACCAGCGACGCUCGGCUGAGAGCAUCGCCUCAGAGGCGCUGAGGCGAGGCUACUACAAGCACGACCACGCUCCCUGAGGGACGCCGCCGUCGUCGGGUGGGACUUACCUCCAUGUAUCGAGAGCCAGUAGUUUUUCUUUCAAAGAUGCCUAGGCGACCAUUUUUUUUUUUUUUGAGAAGAAGAAGAAAUAACUGAGAAAGAAAGGACUCUGCACAUACUCGGCGUCACCUGCUGGCGAGCACAUACACUGGUCUGGCGCUUGUGACAUCGCUCAAGUGCCCUCUCCGCCACUGGCACAAUGUCGUUACGCUAGCUGUUUGUUUGUCAUGGUGUUUUUGUUGUUUGUUUUCAUCGUCUUUGAUGCACAGCCUCCUAUUGGCACAAUCUUGUUGCGUUGACCAAUGUUUUAUUUUCUUUGUCAACAAAAUGAUGCUGGCACAAUGUCGUCACCCUAGCUGUUGCGGAACAUGCUUUUUGUUUUCUUCUUUAAAUCAUCAAGUCGAGCUUUUCCAUGAAGACAUUUCUUCCCUCGUAAAAUUAUAUAUAUAUUUGUAUGUCAUUAUCACAAAAUUAAGGAAAAAAAACCACUCCAAUUUUAGUCUCAUAAGGUUACACCUUUUUCAUAGAAAAAUAAGACUAUUCAUUUAAUAUUACUUUUUCUUCCAGCAAGAUCAAAAAAUAACUGUUUAUUAUUCUUAUGCAACUUUAUUCUUGUAAGAUAGCUCUUGUAAAUGUUUUCCUGAGUUAAGAUGAGAUAAGAAAACCUUUAUUUGUCUCACAAUGGAGAAAUCCCCAGUUAGAAAACUGUCCUCUACUGACAAUGUAGUCACACUACUUGGUUGGGCAAAUUUAGUUUUUCCUUUCAUUGCAGGGGUGGUCAGUCCGUUCAAACAAUAUUUUGCUGAAUUGAAGUCAUGCAACACAAAUUUUGAGGUGACACUUGACGAAAAUGUUCACAAAUGCACAACUUCAGCCAUGAACUUUCGUCCCUCGCUACCUUUGUAUUUAUUGUCAUAUUUAUUUCUACCGCUACUUAUUUAUAGCCUCAUAGCAUUGUCACACUUUCUUAAAAAACACUAUUGUUACAUUUCACUUUGGAUGUGAGCAGACAGUCUUUUUCAUUGAAGUUAUAAAUAUGGGUAAUUGAGACUUGUGUAUCCAUAGUUUAACGCAUGAAAGCUACAUGUACUUGUUACUAGGCAGAAUUUAUGGUUUUGCCAAUGAAGAAAAAAAAUCACGUUUUCAGCAAAAAUGAUGGUGGCGGCAGGUACAGAAUCCCUUUGUUCAUCUUUGCUUUAUUGAAGGAAGAACCCCCCCACCCCGACUUCAUUUUUUUGAGUAUUUUUUUCCCCGCAUACAGCUUGAUUUUAUACUAUUUUGCCCCACUCAUUUUUUUUUGUUUGCAGUGAGCGUCACUGUGCGUCUGCAUGUGUGUGUGUGUCUGUGAGAGUUAAGAGUUUUUGGGGGGGGGGGGCGGGGGGGCUUUUAGUCUGUGUGCGUGUGUAUGCAAGAGUGCAAGAGUUUGUGUGCUCUGUGUGUUCUACUGUAUUGUGAUGCUCAGUGCUGGCGCUGCCAUCCCGUGGUUGACAAGAGACAAUUCAUCCUGCAUCAAUUUCAAAGCUUGGUCACGUGACAUUCUAUUAUGUGGACUGUUUUGUCAUAUUUGUAUCACUUUAUAGAUUGUAAGAGAGAAGAAGCAAAAGAGAUGAAAUGGCGUCCAUGUCCCGUUGAUGGAAGGUAUAAAGUUGAGAUGUAAGUUAUGAGAGGUCUGUUUUUAUGUACAUUUGGAAUAAAUAUUUUGUACAGAGAGUCACCUUUUGGAUUGUUUGAAUUGUUUUCAAUUCUGUUCAGACAAUAAAUGACUAUCAUAUUU